CGCGGAUAUUCACUCGAGUUUCACAACAUUCAGCUCCUUAGCUCAACGUUUCCUUAACGAAACCCUUGCCUUUCGUUGGCUUGCCAAUAGGUCUUGGUACUCAGUCCUCGGUAUCGGAGCUGGAACUAAGACUGCUGAAAACUAUGGCUCCAGCCAACCAAACUCCUCGGACACGCCGCCACAGGUCCGCAGUAGCUUGCCAGGGCUGUCGUCAACGGAAAGUUCGUUGCAGUAUCACAGUCACUGGCGUUCCUUGUGUUGGAUGUGUCCAGGACGGCUCACAGUGUGUUGUAAAUGCAAAGAAAGGAAAAACAGCGAAUCAGAUCAAUCACACAGGUUCUAGCCGGGCUAGUCAAAGUCUUCCCGUGACUCGGAGAUCAAAUCCUAUACCUGAGGUCUCUUCGCUUGAUCCACUGAGUGCUGCUGCUUCCCGAAUGGGCUCAGAACCCGCUACAUCGAGAUCUGUAGUAGCCGACGAAGCUUCCUUACCAGACAAUCCCGAAGAUGAAGAGCGCAAUGGACUAGAAAUAGCAUCCGCGGCAUUGGGGCGGCCAGAGAAAACGGGGGAAGUGCCCUUUUAUGCUGGCGGGCAGACGGGGCCUACUUCAGCCCUGGAUAUUUGCUUUACGGAGCAGUCAUUGCCGAGGCAUUUUCUCAUUCCCCUCCAUAGGACAAGUCUGUCUGAGGAGAAUAAGGAAUUUCUCCGUAGGAAGGGAGUUUACACACUUCCAGGGAGAAAUGCUUGUGAAAGCUUGAUUGAAGCAUACCUCCUCAAUGUCCAUCCAAUAUUGCCGGUGAUAGAAGCCGAUUUGCUUUUGAGUCAUCAUCAAACUGGACAGCUUGAGAGGUAUAAUCUUUUGCUUCUUUGGAGUCUGUUCUUCGUCGCUGUCAAUUUUAUCCCAGCUCACAUAUGCGAGCAAGAAGGCUUCACAUCGAGGAGGGCAAUGAAAUAUGCGAUGUAUUCCAGAGCCAAGUGUAUGUACGAGAACGGAAACGAACGUAACAAAAUUGUGCUGCUACAAGCUUCGCUUUUAAUGGGUUUCUGGCACUCAGAAAUAGACGAACAUGCACAACCGUGGUAUUGGACAGGCUCCGCGAUAAGCCAUUGCCAAAUCCUAGGCCUGCAUCGAGAUCCAGGAACCUCAACAUACAACCCGCAUAUCACCGACAGACAACGAGCUCUUUGGCGUCGUCUCUGGUGGUGCUGCUUCUUCCGUGACCGCUGGCUUGGUCUCACGCUGGGCAGACCUCUGCGUAUCAAUCUGAAUGACUCUGACGUCCCCAUGCCGCUAGUUGGGGACAUGCUUUUUGAUAUUGAGAGCUUGGGCGAACUUGGUCUAGCUGAUCGACUACCGAGUGACAUGCCAAGACUAAGUGAAUACUGGGUGAUGCUCAUCGAAAUGAGCCGUCAGUUGGGUGAUGUCCUGGUUAUGAAUUUCCAAGCUGCCCGACCCAGAGGGACACUUGACGAUGUCAAAAAGCUCGAGGGAGAUCUUCUACGCUGCAGACUCCCGGAUUUGUAUGAAGGGGGCUUGACGCGCAUUUCCAAGUUCUACUCGAAUAAUGUUCAUCUACAUUAUCAAGCAUUGCUAAUUACCUUUUACCGGCCUUGGGGAAUGGAGUCUCCGGACGGUAUCGACCCUGGCACGAAAGAGGACUGGAAAGAACGAAUGAGACUAAAGGCUGAUCAUGCUGCCUCCCAAACAAAUGAAAUCCUGGAUAGGCUUGUCCAGGACGGACUGAUUGGAUUAGCAGGCCCUAUGACACCCCCACUCUUGGUCCCAGCAAUGCAAACGCAUCUGCUCCAAUGCAAAUGCGGCGAUCCCCUUGCCAAGCGCAUCAGGCUAAAUAAGCUAGAAGUUUGCAUGCUAGUGAUGGAGGAACUGCAGAAGACCUAUACCGUCGCUUCAGUGUAUCGUGGAAUUUUCACAAAGGCUAUCCAGCAAGUUUUCCCGGAUUACCCCGAUCGUGCGAUGCACACCAGUUGUCCACCAGCAUCGAUCCCUGUGUCUCAAGCUGAGGAACCUGCGAGGAGUUUAUUCAACGAGGGUGAAGUUUCAGGUGCUGGGCAGAUUGGGGAGUCUGAUUUUGGAGUCUUAGAUGGGGAUGACUUGAUGGCUGCUUUGAUGGAUGCUUCUGUCUUUGACUUUUGGCAGGCUUGCAAUCAAGUCUGAUAGGUAGUAAAUCUAAUGCCUCUUGACAGGUCUCCUGGC